AUGGCGUUGAUCGCAGGAUCGAUCUUCAAGGGGUACAACUAUUUAGUUGACAAAUCAGAUGACAGGAUGGUCGAUCUACCGCUGCUUCAAUCCGUUUGGACGGUACCGUUGAUAACGGGAGCCUAUCUCUACUUCGUUCUCAACCUCGGUCCAAAACUGAUGGCCAAUCGGAAACCGAUCGAGCUGCGCAGCUUUCUGAUCGUCUACAAUCUGGCGCAAGUCGCGGCAAAUGUGUACGCAUUCGCGAUGGGAAUUGACUAUUUGCGAAACUAUUCGUACUCCUUCGUCUGUCAGCCGUUGCAGCUGGACAGGAAUGAUCAGUCGAUGGUGGAGUUACGACUCGGUUACCUCUACUUUCUGCUGAAGAUCCUCGAUCUAGCCGACACCGUGUUCUUUGUGCUGCGGAAGAAGCAAUCCCACGUGUCGUUCCUGCACGUGUAUCACCACACGAUCAUGGUGCUGUCGACGUCGCUGGUAAUGCGUUAUCUCGCCGGUGGGCACUGCUUCGUGCUCGGGCUGCUCAACACAUUCGUCCACGCUGUGAUGUACUCCUACUUCUUCCUCACCAUCUACCGGCCCGCGGUGACGCGCGGUGCCACGUGGAAGCGGUACGUCACACUGCUCCAGAUGGGUCAGUUCGCUUACCUGGUGUUUCACUUCUUCCGCCCCAUCAUACUCGGCAUCGACUGCGGUUAUCCGCGCGCCGUGAUGUGGUUCGUGGGCAUGCAGAACGUCUUCAUGCUGCUGAUGUUCAGCGAUUUCUACCGACGAGCGUACCACAGCAAACCAACCAAAGUUCACGAACACUGA